AUGUCAAUGCUAUCGAUUCGAUGUCAACUUGCUGAUUGUCAUCGAAGUAUUCCUCUACUCCGUCUGCAGGUCUACUUUAAAGAAGAAGUGGAGGUUGGUAACAUCUCGCUUUCCAAUUGUAGCCAGCCAGUGGCAAUUCCUGCACAAUCGCAAAUUGAGAAUCAAUCGCAGGAAUCACUUCAAAACGUCAAUUGCCUUGAUUUACGUCCCUCAAGUGAGGAAGGUGACAUGUCCACUGGCAAUGUAUCGUCACCGAAAAAAUCCUCCGUAGAUGAUUUCUCGGAAAGGAUUGCUAACUUAACUUCUGAUAUAGAAAAGAUUUUGGGCCAGAGUAUAUCAAGCCCAACUGGUACACCCAGUGAAUCAAAAAAUAGUGCUAUAAAGGCCAGACAACGAUUGCGUAACCGGAAUAAAAGCCCAAUUAAAGCUUACACUCCAACAACGCCUGAAGUAAAUGAUUAUGCCGCUACGAAACACCAUGUUUAUGACGUCAAUUCAAUUUUACCAAUAGAUGCCCCUGCCAAUCUAUCCUCUGAUAUAUCGGACCAGUCAAUGGAUAGUACCAAAACAAGCAAUGAUUUCAAAGGACCAGCAGUUGCUGUAACAGUUAGUGACCAAGACGCUGAUGGAGAUAUAGAUUAUAGCAAUGUUAGCUUUAAUCCAGAAAAAAUAGCACAAGCGUUUGAUUUUAGCGAAGCAACCGUCAACCAACAAGGUAAUUUUGUACGGGUUGGAACGUUUCGUAAGAAAAAGACCGACAAUCGCCCUACAAUUAUUCCCAACAUUGAAAGUCCUAUUGCUUCACCUACGGUUGCCGGCAAUAGUUUAUUCGUACCGAAUAACGAUGGUGCGAAUUUUGCUUUGCCUAUCGCUCCCACAACUGAUAAUGCAGAAGAUAAUUUAGUAGCUGCUCCCAUGAUGGAUUCAGGUCAAGGAAGAAAUUAUAGUAGUGCAACAAUGAUAAAGAAACCAAAAGAACCAGUUAAUCAUACCCCAGCAUCACAACAACAAAUCGAUGAAGAUGAAUUUGUUAUGGCAAUUGAAGAAGGCUUUAAAUCAAGUCAAGCAUUUACUCAAGAAUUAGAUUAUCUAGAGAAAAUUGGUACUGGUGCAACGGUGCAAGAAUCUGCGCUUGCUCGGCAGUCUUUAUAUGUUAAGUUCGAUCCAUAUGUAAAACCUUCCAUGAAAAAUCGAAAUAAGUUUAAGCCUAUGCCACCUUCCAAUGAAAAUCUAUUACUAUUAGAAAGUCCAAACUCUUACAUGACCAAUGAUGAAACGCAACCAAGUCCAACUGAGCAGGAUGUCUCCUUACCGCAGGAUACCGCUGUUCAGCGAUCCGAUGUAGACAAACUUUUAUCUUUCAGUCCUCAAGCAGAGCAAAGUAAUACUACAACAACUGCUACGGUACCUACUGAACCAGGCGAACAAGAAAUUUUCAUUGAUACCCAACCCUCUGUGGCCAUCAAUCAGCCAGUGUCAAUACAACUACAAGAGACUCCAAAAAGUAAAAGUCAAAAUACUGAAAAAACAGUAUCUGACCAGAAGCCACAGACUGGCCCUACUCUAAUGGAGACUGAAAUUGUAAGUCAACAGUUACAAAAGGAAAAUCAAAGUUUACGAAAGGAAAUCAAUGCCCUAAGGAAGGGACGUGAAAUGGAUCGGAAGGAAAAUGAAGAGUUAAACUUCUUAUCUAUCAAAGCCAUACUCAAAUGUGAAAUUGAUGGAUGUUAUUAUAUAGAAACAACAGAAACCCAAAAGGCUGAGCAUAACCGAGAAAUUGAAGAAAUCUGUCGUGAAAGAGACCAGGCACAAGCUGAUAUUAAUUCUGUAGAAACAGCAUUUUCCGAUCUUCACAAGAGAUAUGAAAAACUUAAGGGUUUCGUUGAAGGCUACAGAAAGAACGAGGAAACUUUAAAGGCUUGCAUCGUAGAAUAUCAACAAAAAUUGAAAAAAAGCGAAAAACGUUAUCAAACUUUAAAGAAUCAUGCUGAAGAGAAAAUUGAUAGCGCUAACAAAGAAAUAAUAAACGUCCGAAAAGGACAGCAGGCUGAAUUGGCAGCUUUGCAAGCCGCUUUACGUAGGGAGCAGGCGAAAAAUGCUGGAUUGGAAAGUAGCUUAAAACAGAAGGCACAAGAGAACGCAGAAUUAACAUCGAUAUGUGAUGAGCUAAUUGGAAAGAUAGGAAAGUAA